AUGUAUACUCAUAUUCUCGAUAGAUUUUGUUCAAAACUUUUACCUCGAAUUAAUCAAAAAAUAACUAAACUCACUGUUGAUCCAUUAUCUAUGAAACGUAUUCUUGGUGCUGUUGAUUAUUCUCAACUUUAUUCAUUAUCGUUUGUUAAUUUUGAAUCAAAAAUACUCUUACGACAUUUAACAGACAAAUCUAUGUUACAUCUUCUUACUAAUCAAAUUACACAUAUUACUGUUGAUAUUAAUAGUGAGAAAACAGAAAUAUCUAAUGAAAAUGAAAAUGAACCAAAUAUAUUUGAAUUCAUACUAUUACAUAGUACAUGUUUAAAUGAUUUGACUUUUUUUCAAAAUUCUCUAUCUUUAUCUCUCACUAAAUUGAAAAUAAAGAUUAAUACUUUUGGUGACUGUCUUUAUCUUCUUAAUGGAUAUCUCCCAUCUUUAUCAACAUUGAUCAUUCAUAUCAAGAAAAUUGAUCGUUCAACAUCGAUGAUAAAUAAUACAAAAGAACUUUUUAAAUUAAAAUGUUUUUCAUUAUCAACAAAUCGUUAUACAUUUGAUUAUGAUACACAAGUUGUUCCAUUACUUCGUCGAAUGUUAAAUCUUGAAGAAUUAACGUUAUUUAUUUCAGUAAUAAGAACUAGAUCAGCUUAUAUCGAUGGUAAUCAAUUGUACGAUAAAGUUCUUAACUAUAUGCCACGACUCAACAAAUUUAUCUUCAGUAUACAUACUCAAGUUUCAAACGAAUAUAGUAAAAAACAAAUUGAUCUUCCAUCAAAUGAUGACGUUCGAAAUAGUUGUACUAAAAGAGGAAUUCAAUCAAUUGAUGUAUUUGCCGAUGAUAAACUCAUAGAAAAUACAGGCAAUUGUCAUGUUUAUUCUCUUCCAUAUCAAUUCAAUGAUUUCUUAUUUAUGAACAGCUCUUUUCAAGGUGGAAGAUUUGAUAAAGUUCGAUUGUUAUCAAUGGAUGAUAUACGUCCAUUUGAACAUGAAUUAUUCCAAAUUAUUUCUCAAGAUUUUCCUUUUCUUCGAAAGUUAUUUAUACUUAAUGAUAUACCACAAAAAAAUAAACAAUAUCAUUUAUCUACAUUAAUUACAUUUAAUCAUCUAUUUGAACUUGAUAUUUAUUGUGUACACAAUGACUAUGUCAUACAAUUUCUUUCUGACAAAUACACUCGUUUACCAUGUUUGACAAAUCUGAUAGUUAAAUACGAAAAAUUGCUAACUGUAACAAAUAAUUUUACCAAUGAUGCGGCACGUCUUAAUUGUUCGAAAAUAAAAUCUCUCGUUACAUAUAGACUAUUUGCUGGUUCACAAGAUUAUUAUUCAUAUUUUCCUUCUCUGUAA